AUGGAAAUUUCUAGCUCAAUUGUGUUUGAUCGUGACUGUGAUUCUAGCUUAAUUGCUUUAGAUCGUGAUUGUGAUUCUAUUUUUCCUGUUGGAGUUGGUUUAGUCGACUCGUUUUCGCAACAAUUUUACAUGUGGUUAUUGUACAUUAUUGCUAUUAUUUGUGUUCAUUUGUUACAUUUUAAUAUUGCAAUGGAAAAAAAGAAUGCUAUUUUAUUUGAGGAAGCAGCUAGUUCUGAAUUUUAUGGGAAACAAUUUCCUUCUGAAGAUGUGGCUUAUGAAAUGUUUAAUGAAUAUGCAUUUAGAAAGGGCUUUGGAAUUAGAAUUGGAAAAAGUAAGAGGCGAAGAGAUGAUUCAUUCUAUAUGAAAAGAUUUGUUUGUACAAAUGAGGGUUUUAAAGAUGAUAAGUGCAGGAAUAAUAGGCUGUAUGAGAGACUUAACAUAAGGACUGGUUGCUUAGCUUUUGUGCAGCUUAGUAUUGACCGUUCAGGUGUAUAUACAUGUACAAGACAUGAGAUGGUUCAUAAUCAUGAAAUGAUUCCUGUUGACAAGAGACAUUUAAUAAGGUCUCAAAGGGAUAUUUCUAAGGAACAUAUUAAUUUCAUUUCUACACUUAGAUUGAGUGGAGUUAAAGUUUCUGAUUCUUUGAGAGCGUUAAAGAAGGAGGUUGGAGGGUCUCCUAACCUUUGUUUUACAGCUCCUGAUGCUUAUAAUGCUAUUUCUGUUGAAAAGAGAGCUAAACUUGGGGGAGGUGACAACAAUCAACUAAUCAAAUUUUUUGCUAAGAGACAAAUUGAUGAAGCAGAUUUCUAUUAUGAUUUUGAACAAGAUGAAAAUGGUGCAUUGGUUAAUUUCUUUUGGAGAGAUGGAAGGAUGAUGAGAGAUUAUCAUUACUUUGGUGAUUUGUUAGUUUUUGAUACUACUUAUAGGACUAACAAAUAUGGUAUGAUUUGUGCUCCAUUUGUGGGUAUGAAUCAUCAUGCAAAUAAUGUGAUGUUUGGCAUGGGAUUUAUACUUAAUGAAAGAACAGAAUCAUUUAAGUGGUUAUUUGAUACUUUUCUAACUUCUAUGGGAAGGAGAAGUCCUAUUACUAUUAUGACUGAUCAAGCUCAAGCAAUUGCAGCUGGGAUAAGAAAUAUUUUCCCCAAAGGUGUUCAUCAUAGAUUAUGUGUGUGGCAUAUUGAACAAAAUUCUAAGAAACACAUUGGGGCGUUGAGAGCUUUGGAUGGUUUCACUGAUUUAUUUGGUUAUUUACUGAAGUAUUGUGAAACUCCACCAGAAUUUGAGCAUUAUUGGAAAAGAAUGUUGUUGAAAUAUGACUGUGCAAAUGUUGAUUGGUUGAAUGAUUUGUAUAAAAUCAAAGAGAUGUGGUGUCCAGCUUUUUCAAAGAAAUUUUGGUCAGGAGGUGUGCUUUCAUCUCAACGUAGUGAGACAACUAACAAAUCAGUUUCUCAAAGGCUUAACAAGACACAAGGUCUAUGUGAUUUCUAUCAAGUGUUUCUCGAUGUGGUUCAAGAGUGGAGAAGCAAAGAAAAAGGGAGAGAUUAUAAUACAAUCAGAGGUAAUCGUCAUUUGGCCUUUGCAUACAUUGGGAUUCUUGUUCAUGCUAGAUCAUUGUAUACUAUUCAAGCUUAUGUGCUUUUUGAGGAAGAGUUCAUUAAGGGUACUGCUUGUGAUCAUAAGGAUGCUGGUGUGAAUUUUCCUGAAUAUUAUUAUCAUUUGUGGAGACCUGGGAAAGAUAUGAUCAAGCACGAGGUUGUUUUUAAUAAAGAAACACAUGCAAUAUGUUGUACAUGCAUGUUGUUUAGUGAAAUGGGUUUGCUUUGUUGUCAUGCUCUUCGAAUUUAUCAUAUGAAUUGUGUUCAUAAGAUUCUAGAUGACUAUAUAUAUGUAAGAGGUGGACUAAGGCUGCUAUGUGUAGUCAUGGCCUUGAUGAACCUACAAUGAAAACCAAUGUAGUAUCUACAAGUGUUUGGAGGACACAAACACUAAGGAAAUUUGUUAAGUUGGUAACAAGUUGUCAACACUCUUUGAAUGCUAGAGCAGAGGUUGAAUGUUAUUUCAAUCUUUUAAAAGAAAAGAUUGAGAGUGUUACCGGUACUAUUUAUUUUAAUGAACCGGUUGAAGGUAUUGAAAUUGUUGAUCAUGAAGUUAAGAAUCCGGCAAAAUCAAGACCUAUUGGAGAGAGGAAUUAUAGGCCUAAGAGUAAUUUAGAGAAGGCUUAUAACAAAGCCAGGGGUCAGUGGUUGAAGAAAAAGUCAGUAUACACUCCUUAUAAAAGAUCUAAAGGUCAAGCAGUAGUUCAGGUAAUAAUGCACAUUUAUGUUUUUGUUAUUGAUCAUUUAUGUUCAAGAAUUGAACAUUUUU